AUGGUGGAGGAUCCUACCAGCAUGACCACCGCAAUCUAUCGCCGGCAAUCCUUUGCAUGUGGCUGGGGCCACCAUUGCUAUGUUAAUCCUAACAGACAGGUGUUUGAGUCCCUCCAACAGGAUAUCGGCUUGCUUCAAAAAUCCCCCACCACUGUUGUUACUCGCCAAGGUUCCUCACCAUGCAACGUAGAUACGUCCCGUGACAAACACCAGCGUUAUGUAACACCUACCACUGCAGUUGGCUAUUUGCGUUUCUCCCCGUCUUCACAUUUUCAUAUGGCUCAGGCUAGCGACGACCAACUAGAAGCUUUCGCUGCAUCUUCUAUUGAACCAGGUGUCAUUCUCAAUGAACAUGAUUAUGAAUGUUUGGUCUAUCGGGUAACCCACCCAAAGUUGUGUUUUUUUUGUGGGGCAAAGAUGUGGAUGCACGAGCGCCUUGCGAAAGGUGGAGCCAAUAACACUAUAUUAUUUGCUAUUUGUUGUAUGAGUGGAAAGUUACACUAUGGUAGAAGCGGAAAGAUUACAAUAUCACAGGUUCCACCAGAGCAAGUUUUGUUCCCAUCAACUGCAAGGCCUACACGAGUGUCUAAUUUAGGGUAUGCCGGAUACCCUAGCUAUUUCAUUACUAUCACAUGUAACCCAGAUUGGACCGAGAUUAAAGAUUGCGUUGUCGACUAUUCAUUAAAGCCAAGUGACAAGCUUGAUAUCAUAUCAAGGGUUUUCAAGAUCAAGUUAGAUGUCUUGCUGAAAGACUUAAAGGAUGGGUCCAUAUUCGGAAAGCCUAAAGGAAUUGUGUACACAGUUGAAUACCAAAAGCAUGGUCUUCCCCACUGUCAUAUUUUAUUAUUUGUUCAACCAGCCAAGAAGCCUCGAUCAUCCGAUGAUAUUGACCAUCAUAUAUCGGCUGAGAUACCCGACGAACACACACAACCUAAGCUGUACAGCUUAGUCCAAAAAUUCAUGAUUCACGGACCAUGUGGGGUUUUGAACAUGAGUAGCCAGUGUAUGGUUAAUGGGAGGUGUUCCAAGUUUUAUCCAGUGCCUUUCCGUGAGAAAACAUCCAUAGACAGUGCAGGUUUUCCCAAGUAUAAAUGGUCAGAUAAUGGUCGUUCAACAACUAAGAGGAAUGUUAAUCUCGACAAUAGGUUUAUUGUCCCAUACAAUGCAACAUUGCUCCUUAAGUAUGGCUGCCACAUAAAUGUUGAGUAUACUUGCCAGACAUCUGCUAUUAAGUAUUUGUUCAAGUACGUCCACAAAGGUAAUAAUCAUGUCACAGCUUCGUUCUUUCGCUCACAUGAUUCAGCUGAUUCUGAUGUCACUGUAGAUGAAAUCCAAAACUACUAUGAUUGUCGGUAUAUAUCAGCUUGUGAGGCAUCCUGGCGGCUAUUUGGGUUUGAGAUUCAGUACAAAGAGCCUAACAUCAUCCGCCUUCCAUUCCAUCUUCCAAAUGAGCAGAAUGUUUUGUACGAAGAUCACCAGCUUAUUGAGAAUGUUAUCGACGCUGCGGUCUCAAAGGAUAGUAUGUUUAUUGGCUGGUUUAAGGAUAACAAGAAUUUUGAUCUGGCCCGUACACUGACUUACGCGGAGAUGCCGUCAUUUUUUGUUUGGGACAAGCAGGGGUAUAUGUGGAGGCCACGGAAGCAAGGGAAUAUGAUAGGUCGUCUCACACAUAUUCCUCACUCGCAUGGAGAGGAGUACUACCUUCGUUUGUUAUUGAAUUAUCAAAAAGGGUGCCAGACAUGUGCUGAUGUCCGUUCCGUUGGUGGCAUUGUGUACAAUACAUUCAAAGAGGCCUGUUAUGUGCUAGGGUUACCGCAGGAUGAUAGAGAAUUUAUUGAUGCACUUAAUGAAGCCAGUGCGUGGGCAUCACCGAACUAUAUCAGGAGGUUAUUUGCAAUGCUUUUGAUGUCGAACAACAUUGUGCGUCCUGACAUGGUGUGGGAGAAAUGUUGGCAACAUUGUGUAGACAACUCGAUGCUUUCUGGAAGACAUAACUUGGGUUUCCAGUGUUUUGUUCAUGAGAUUAAGUCCAUCACGCUUGCCAAAAUUGAAAAACUCUUGCAGCCGAAUGGUAGGAGCCUAAAAGAAUUUACUAACAUGUCGUUUCUUGAUUAUGUUGGUUUACCUGAACCUUCCGACACAAUCUUUUCUGAUGAGCUCAAUUUCGACAGGACAAAAUUGGCAAGUAUCUCCAUAGAUUUGGUUUCCCGGAUGAAUCAAGACCAGCGCGUUGCGUUCGACACAAUAGCAAAUGCAGUUCGUCGUGACGCUAGUGGUUUUUUCUUUGUCUAUGGAUAUAGUGGAACUGGUAAGACCUUUCUAUGGAAUGCAAUGUCUGCUUCAAUAAGGUCGAAGGGUGAUAUUGUCCUCAACGUUGCAUCCAGUGGCAUUGCAGCUCUGUUGUUGCCUAAUGGGCGAACUGCUCAUUCACGCUUUAAGGUUCUGCUUAGUGUUAACCAGGACUCUAUUUGUAAUAUAAGGCAAGGCACACCCCUCGCGCGUCUUAUUUCAUCUGCAAAAUUAGUUAUAUGGGAUGAGGCACCUAUGUUAAAUAAAUUUUGCUUCGAAGCGCUCGAUAAAUGCCUUAAGGAUGUUCUUCGUUUUGAUCGUGGAUAUAAUCCUCAUGCUCCAUUUGGUGGGAAAAUUGUUGUUCUGGGAGGUGAUUUCCAUAAGAUAUUGCCUGUGAUUCCUCGUGGUUUCCAAGAAGAGAUCGUUCAUUCGUGUAUUAAUGCUUCAAACCUGUGGCAAUCUUGCCAAGUGUUGCAGUUAACUGAAAACAUGAGGCUGUCCCGUGGUUCACGAGAUAUCCACGGUGUACAAUUGAAGGAAUUUGCUGCAUGGUUGCUUCAAAUUGGUGACGGGUUAAUCGGAGACAGCACCGAUGACGAAUCAGUAAUUAGAAUACCCGACAACUUGAUGCUGAAUAUUGAGUCUCCAUGUCUGCAUGAUUUGGUGUUGUUCGUUUAUCCUGACAUCUUACUCUAUUUUUCUAGCAUGGAUUAUUUUAAGGGUUUGAGUAUAUUAGCACCAACACUUGAUGUUGUAACUGAAGUAAACAAUCAUGUGAUGUCUUUGAUUCCUGGCAACGAGAGGGUUUAUGUAAAACCCGGUUAA